CGCGCUGUGUGUGACGUAUUUCGGUCACCUGGCAACGGGGAACGCAGAGUGCAAACAUGGCGUCCGCCCGAGAGCUGGAAGCGCAAGACUAUCUUCGGGAACAUAAGAUAAUGGAGCUAGUCAAUAACCUGACCAGUCUCCUCCUCUACCACCGGCCCGAAAAACCACAAGAAUUUCUCAUAACUCAGCUGGAAAAGUUAAAGCUUGCCAGGCUGGCCGAUGUAGAGUAUCCUUGCCUUUUUGACGAAUCUAAUGUGGAUGCGGUCUUUGGAAUACUGGACCCUUCAGGCCAAGGUUAUAUUACAAGGACUCAGUACGUUGAAUCUUUAAAAACCCUGGGUAUAGAUGUUUCCAACUUACCAGCGCCACCUGAGAAAAUCACACUGGAAGUCUUUAAAUACGAUAUGAGGAUCCAGCUGAAAAAAAGCUGUGCAACAUUCAAGGCAUAAUUCCUUCAUGUUAUAAUAUACUUCUGAGAAGUUUCCUUCAAGAGCUCAAAUGGAGAGGACAUAACGGCAUUCAAGAUCAAAUUUAGAUCCCAUGGGGCUACAAAUGAUCUAAUCUGUGGCUGAAUUCUUUUUAUUGCUGGACAAAAUUGUUUAAUUAAAUCUUCUUCUGCUAACUUCAUAUCCAGAAGAAUACUUCGAGCAGAUAGCUGUACUUUCAUUGUUGUCACAGCUAAACCUUUCAUAAAACCAUCAUGUAGGAGGUACAGGACCCAGGAAGUCUUCACUUUCAAAGAGUCAAACAUAGGGCCUAAUUCAG